GCACUGGACAGCUUGGAGGAACAACCAUAUUUUUUAAAAAUCUAUACCAAAAUUUUUGAUUAUAUUACGAAUCCAUAUUUUUCAAUAAUACCAUUUUUGAGUUCACUUCCUCUUAAAAGAAAUAUCGAACACUCUUUAUUAACUAAAGAGUUUGACAAAUUUCUAUUUAAAUUGAUCGAUCAACGAAGAUUUGAUUUGUCUAAAGCCAAAAACAAUAAAGAAAAUACUGACUUAUUGGCUGGACUUUUAGAAGCUGCCAAACAUGAAAAAUACGAUUACACGACUAAAGAACUUAGAGAUGAAGACAUUCAAAAAAAAGCUAGAGAAGAAGCAAUUAAUGUUUUAGAAAGUGCUUCACAAAUACCAACUUCUGAGAACCUUAAGGACCUAAAAUACAUAACAGCAGUAAUUAUGGAAUCGCUCCGCCUUUAUCCACCAGCAGUACAACUGUUAUUUCGUAUUCCUACUAAGCCAUUAAACGUAUCAAGAAAUAUUACAAUACCGAAAGGAAUAAGGACUACAGCGAGUAUAUGGCAAGUUCAUAGAAAUCCCGAUCUUUGGAAAGAUGCUGAUAACAUUGGUCAAAAUUUAACAAUGAUGGAACAAAAAGUUAUUAUUGCGAUGUUAUUACUUAAUUUUGAGGUCUCUUUGUCUCCAAAUAUUCAAAACUCUGAUAAAUUAUUAUUAGAGUCGUCUUUCCUGAUGCGUCCUAAGAACGUAGAACUUGUAUUUUCAAAAUUAAAGUAG